AUGGCAAUUGGCUGCGCAGUAACCUCAUCCGUCGAUCUCUGGUUCCUGAUGACUUCAAUCCCAAAGGUUCAGGUCGUCAAUGUCCCAGGCGGCACAUACUGCGUUCCCAUGGAAGGACAGUUCCGUACGUUCGCCAGAUUCUGGGCCCCUCCACUAGCCUUCGAAACCCUGCUCUGCGCAAUGGCAGUCUACAAAGCAUACAGGGAGAGUGAAUCAUUGCCCGAGGCGACCCUGCGCAUCCGUGGCCAGUCUCUGUUGAGAAUCAUGGUUCGGGACUCUGUCAUGUACUUCAUUUGUAUUGCCGCCGCAUAUUCUAUCUGCAUAUUGUGGUGGCUAUAUGCCCCC